AUGACGAAGCUUGCCCUCGUACUGAGCACCUUGCUCACCUCGGCCGUGGCCGAGACAAUCCAUGGCGUCGUUGUCUUCUCCCGCCACGGAGACAGGACCACCAAGCACUACAAGAACCAGCAGUUGACCAGCCUCGGCGCGGAGCAAAACUUCCUCCAAGGCAGCCAAUUCCGCUCCCGCUACCUCGACGCCGACUCCUCCCUCCAGAUCCUCGGCGUCUCGGAGGACAAGUACGUCAGCGCCCAGGUCGCCGCCAGCGCCCCGGACCAAGCCAUCCUCCUCAACACCGCGACCGCGUUCCUGCAGGGCCUGUACCCUCCCCUAGAGGGGCUGGACCCGGACCUCGCCGCGAACCAGCUCAACAACGGCAGCGACUCCGUCAGCCCCCUCAACGGCUACCAGUAUGUCGUGCUCCACGGCCAGAGCGCCGACGCCCCCGACGCGAUCUGGAUCAAGGGCGACGACAGCUGCCCCAGCGCCAUCACCGCCCAGAACAGCUUCAUGAAGAGCGACGAGUUCGCCCAGCGGUCCGAGGAGACCAAGUCCUUCUACGAAAAGUUCCAAGACACCCUCAAGGACGUCUACGACUACUCCACCCCGGCCAACUUCUCGUACAAGAACGCCUACGACAUCUUUGACCUGGUCAACGUUGCCCGCAUCCACAACGCCUCCUCCCCUUCCCUCGACGUCUCGGACGAGGACCUCUUCCAGCUCCGCACCCUGGCCGACAGCGCCGAGUUUGGCACCAACUUCAACGCCAGCCAGCCCGAUCGCGACAUCCACGCCCGCACCCUGAACGCGGGGCUCCUCGCCCAGCUCCAGCAAAUCGUCACCACCAAGGCCAAGCUGAAGUUCUCCCUCUUCGCCGGUAGCUACGAUACCAUGCUCGCCUUCUUCGGCGUAAACGGCCUCACCGAGCUCUCGGACGACUUCAAGGGCUUGCCCGACUACGCCUCCACCCUCAGCUUCGAGCUCUUUACCGAGAACGACGUCACGGGUUUCCCCGACAGCACCGACGACCUCCGCGUCCGCUUCUUCCUCAAGAACGGCACCACUGGCGCCUUUACCUCGUACCCCUUGUUCGGCACCGGCGAGGACAGCCUCUCGUGGUCCGACUUCGAGUCUAGCAUGACGGAACGCUCGCUCUCCGAGGUAGGCGAGUGGUGCACCACGUGCAACAGCGAGCUGCCUUUCUGCGCUGCCUACGUGGACAGCAAGGCCUCCGGCUCUAACGACGGCAAGGACAGCGAUGACAAGGGUGGCAUGUCGGGCCUCACCAAGGCCGGUAUCGCCAUGCUCGUAAUCGGCUGCGUAUUCCUCGUGGCUGGCCUCGCGCUGUUCUUGAUGUCGAGGAAGAAGAGAGCUCAGGGUCCCGUUGCUGUUGCCGGCGCCCCCAUCACGAGCGACCAGAAGAGCAUCAACAGUGCUAGCACUCCUAGCCAAGUUUAA